AUGGAUCGACUCAAAGCAUGUGAGAAAUGCCUAACACUGAGCGGCUAUCUUCUCCUCUGGGAAGUGGCCGUAGCGCAAGGGACGACCGGCCAGUACCCGGGACAGUACAACUUCUUCCUCGGUACCGCGGCUGAUCUCGAGGCUCGCUCGUCCGACGGCUGCAAAAGCUGUCGGUCAAUUCUGGCAUGCUCAAGUCACCGAAACCUCCAAGAGAAACUCGGGAUGGCCUACGGUGUGAGCGCUCACUUCCGCCUCAAACAGCCUCUACUUGACAUUGCCUGGGGAAAUAUUGAUGGGAACAAUGACGAUCCUGCACAGCGGCGUGACCAAUUUAUCAACUUGAGAUUGGAUCAGCUACUAUCCACGAACCCCAUCCUGGCCAAGUCCGCCGCAGGUCGGGGUCGACCGUAUGACUUGGAUGGCUACAACGUUAGCUUGAUCCGGCGCUGGAUUGAGCGGUGCGACAAGCACCACGAAUCGACCUGUUCGGCCAAGUACAAGGACUUGCUCCUGCCCAAGGCGAAACUCAGUCUGAUUGAUGUCGAGGACCUGUGCAUCGUCACGCCGGACGAGCCCGUUCGUUACGCUGCGCUGAGCUAUGUCUGGGGGGCUGCCGAAGUGCCGAUGGCAAAAAAGGCAAACAUAACCUUCCUUCGACUUCCUGGCGCGUUCCUGAAAGGCGGUUAUAUGGAGCUGCCAGCUACUAUACACGACGUGGUGCGUCUUUGCGCUAGCAUUGGAAUUCGAUACCUUUGGGUCGACAGUAUGUGCAUCGUUCAGGAUGAUGUGGAGUCUAAGAUGGAGCAGAUCAACGCGAUGAGCUCAAUAUAUGCCAACGCCUAUCUGACACUUGUUGCACUAAUGUCGGAAGGCGCCAAUUCCGGCAUCCCGCGAGUCUCUCAAUGCAGGUCGAGUUCUGACCCGUCGCCUUUCGUCCACCUGCCGUGCCAGACGUUGAUAAGAGCGUCGCAGGGUGUCAGCCUUACGCCCCUGAUUCAUUCGCGUACCAUGUGGACGAAACGAGCCUGGACUCUGCAGGAGACCGCUUUGUCUAAGCGGCUUCUUGGCCUGAGCUUCGUUGCCUCCUGGGCGUGUCCGGGCGCCCAGUGGUCGGAGGACUUGGAAGUUCUGUCCGAGAUCGACAGCCAGCACGCAUUAACCGAGAAGAGAGAUAAAUUAUACAUUCCCGAGUGGCCAGACAUGUCUCAGUACUCCAGUCUUGCUUCAGAGUAUGCCGGCCGCCGGUUAACCAUGUCCGAUGAUACACUCAAUGCCUUUGAGGGAAUCGUGGCACCUAUGAGACAGUAUCUUCCAGGGGGGUUCUUAUUUGGGAUCCCUGAGUUCAUUUUCGACAUCGGCCUACUGUGGCAACACAGGCGAAGAGGAGCAAAACCGCGUUCCGGCUUGGACUGGACCGGGACAAAGCACGAGUUUCCAAGCUGGUCGUGGAUAUCGCAUCACGCGCUGCAUCUGCAGAACUUCUGGGAAGCCGACUUUAUGCACCCACAACCAGACUUGGUAGUCUCCCCGCUUGUAAAGUGGAAGAAGAAGAACAAGGCCACAGGGGACUGGGAAGACGUGGACAAUUCAUACCACGUAGUUCGCACGCAAUUUGAAAACGCAGAUGCAGUGACGCCUAACGACUGGACCAAGCAUGCCAACGAGCAAGAUCCGCCAUACUAUCAGUCUUCACUAUUCAGUCGCGUUCAGCCCUCGCCCAAGUUCUGCUACCCAAUCCCGAGCCAGCAGCGCCCUCCCAACAUCGCGGCCUCUUACUGGCCUCAUCUGCUGUUCGAAGGCAGCUUAGUGCACGUGCGUUUUCAGUUCCGGGGAACGGCGGAGGAGCGCGAGAAUUCAAACAAGACGCUGCUAGACGAAGGGUUAGUGCCUGAGAUGGAAAUUGUGAACGUAAAAGACGGGAAUCGGAUUGGACGGAUUCGCUUGAACAUGCAGCCGGGAAGUAGGCUGCCCGAAUACGAAGAGUUACAGGAAGUCAUUGCCAUUUCAAAGGCCAAAAUCACGGUCAAGGCCGCACAGGACCACUCGUGGACGACGGAAGCGAAAGACUGGGACGAGAUCAAAUAUGGAGGCAAGAUUUGGUAUCAAUUUGUGAGUGUAUUUUGGAUUGGAAGAACGAAGGACGACAAAGUCUAUCGCAAGGCGCUGGGUAGAAUAUGGCUUGAGGCCUGGGAGAAAAUGACGGUUGAGCAAGUAAGCCUAUUGUUGACGUAG